AACUAAUCAUCAGUUUGUGUCUCACUUUCCUAUUCAUUGAUUAUUACAUUAUAUUUGUGAAUACAUUAUGAAAGAGUGUUUUAAAUGCCGUUUAAAUUGAUUUGACAUAUAAUUAGCUCAUUGUUUGACGAUAUGUUUGACUCAAUGUUGGCUUGAAUUGAGUGGAUGUUCAGACACAGUGGACACCAAUCGGCCACAAAAUGACACAAAUAUUUCUCAUGUUAUUAUCCAUUAUAAUGUCAUUUAUUUUCGUCAUUAUCUUCGUAUUCAUCGGAUGGUAUUUAGUAUGGAAGGUCUUCUUAAGCCGAUUCCGGUUCGUGAGGGAGUUAUUGAUGAUUAACAACAACAAUAGCCAUCAAAGCGAUGACAACAACAGAUCCAACACAAGUAGUAAUCAAUUGCGACAAAAGAAGUCGAGGCAACGGAUCACUACCACAACCGCCACUAAUAGCUAAUCAUUAUAUCGUUUUUAAUUGCAUUUUUGUAUUAAACAAAUUGUUUUUUAACGUAAUUUAAAGACAGAUUUUUUAUUUUAAUUACUGAAAACUAUUUUUCAAUUCAAAGACCACUUAUUUUAUGUCCGAAAC